AUAACUGUGCUAUUUUUUGCCAAAAGUCGUGAAUUGGCUGGAACAAGGGAGGCAAUCCUGCACGUUGAUAGAGAAACUACUUCUAUAGAUUUACUGAGUGCAAUUAUAACUCAAUUUACGAGAUAUCCUGAGGGAGAAUAUAGUGUUAUCAUUGAAUGAAGAAUAUAUAAGUUUAAGUGAAUCACAAGAUUUGACACUCAACACCGGUGACACAGUUGCUGUAAUUCCACCUAUCAGUGGUGGAUAAUAUCACAAAGUCAAGACAGCCAACAGAUGGAUUUCAUUGAAAUAUCAGAGAAUGUGAUUCAUGUGGAGCGACUCACAGCAAGAGUAACUUCCCCUACAUCUGGUGCUAUUUCUGUAUUUCUAGGUACAACUAGGGAUAACUUUAAAGGGAAGAAAGUAAAAAAGUUGGAAUAUGAGGCUUAUGAACCUAUGGCUAGGAAAGAAGUACAGAAAAUCUGUGAUGAUAUUAGAUCAAAAUGGAGUGUGGAAAAUAUAGCUAUUGUGCAUAGAAUAGGAGAAGUGCCAGUCUGCGAGACUAGUGUUGCAAUAGUGAUAUCCUCGCCACAUAGGAAAGAAUCCCUGGAUGCUGUGCAGUAUGGAAUUGACACAUUGAAAGCUACUGUACCAAUUUGGAAAAAGGAAAUUUAUGAAGAUGGUAGUUUUUCAUGGAAAGAGAACAGUGAAUGUUGUGGACAUAAAUAGAAUAUGUUGCUGGGCAACAAACUAGUUUAUAUAGACUAAUAUUCAUAAAUUUAUCAGGAAUCCAGCAAUUUAUAACAUGAAAUUGUUAUUGUGCAUUUUAUAUUUGAAUCACAGUGAAUUUUGAUAAGCUUUGAUUUUUAGCUCACCAGAACCGAAGGUUCAGGGUGAGCUAUAAGUAUCAAAGGGGGAUGCUCCGGCUUCUGGCGUCCAUCGUCCUGCGUCAACAAUCGUCUUCUUCUCUGAAACUGCUGGGCAGAUUUACUUCAAAUUUGGUCUGUAGCAUCCUUGUGACAGUCACACUUGAAUUUGCUCAUGUCAUUUCAAUUGGCCCUUUUUAGGUGUCAACAGAGCUAAAAAUAGAAAAAUAUUUAAACA